AUGGCUCUCACAAAAGUUGUUGUAGCCUUAGCACUAUUAUCACUGGCCAAAUCAGAGUUCCCUUUUGAUUAUAAUACAGACUUGGAGGUAGAAAGUUUCAAUACAAAGAAUGAUGAUGAGUUAUAUCGUCUUCCCGAAGAUUUAGAUCCUGUACAUUGUGACAUUGAAAUUACUCCUUAUUACGAUGUAGCCCCUACAGGCAAAGAACCAUUCACCUUCGAUGGUAAAGCAACUUUAAUUAUAAGAGCUAUAAAAAAUAAUCUUAACAGUGUAAUAGUUCAAGAUAAUGUAAGAGAAAUAAUAUCCGUUGAGCUUACUGAUUUUGAAACUGGUGAGUCUUUAACUAAUGAGAUUAAUGGUUAUGAACGUAUCCGUGAGUACCAUUUUCUGAAAGUCAACUUGAGGGAAGGAAUCACUCUUGAAAAUGGACGCUUAUACAUAUUAAGUGUGGUAUAUAUUGGAAAUAUUAAUGAAACACCACUUUCAAGGGGAAUGUUUCGAGGUUAUUACAAGGAUAUAAAUGGUGGAGUUCAUUGGUAUUCAGCAACUCACUUGCAGCCCACGCAUGCAAGACAACUAUUUCCAAGCUUUGAUGAGCCGGGAUUCAAAUCUACUUUUAAUAUCACAGUGAAUAGGCCGAUUAAUUUCGCCCAAACUUUCUCAAAUAUGCACUACACCAAGAAUGUCGGCGUACCUAAUUUCCAUUCAUAUUAGUGAUGGAUUUAAAGUUAUAGCUGAUAAUGACGACGACGUAAAAUCUUAUCGUAUAAUUGCAAGACCGACUGCUGAAAAUCAAGGAAAAUAUGCUUUAGAAGUGGGCCCCCCGCUUACCGAAUGGUUUGAUAACUACUUCGGAAUCAAUUACUAUGAUAUGGCUGAUGGUAUUAGGAAUGAUCAACUUGCUUCACCAUUUUGGGCAUCAGGUGCUACAGAGAAUUGGGGAUUGGUAACAUAUAGAGAACUUCGUUUGCUUUACGACGAAAACGAAACAAACGCAUUGGAUAAGAUGUACAUUGGAACUAUCACAGCACACGAACUGGCCCAUAAGUGGUUUGGUAAUUACAUAACUUGUAGAUGGUGGGACAACGUUUGGAUCAACGAAGGGUUUGCUAGUUAUUUCGAGUACUUCGGUAUGCAUGGGAUAGAUGAGAAACUGGAACUUGAAGAUCAGUUUAAUAUUAUGUAUUUGCAAAGUGCUUUGUCUGUGGAUGCGACUAGCGGCACGAGAGCCUUGCGUCACACCGUAAACAGUCCAACUCAAGUGACCGGUCAUUUCUCCGGAAUAAGUUAUUCUAAAGGAGCUUCACUACUGCUUAUGUUGAAGCAUUUGGUCACAGAAGAUACGUUCAAGAAAGCAUUAAACCUAUUUUUACUCGACAGAGCUUACGAGCAUGCCUUCCCUGAAGAUUUGUAUCGGGCUUUCGAUAACGCUACAAUUCAAGAUAACAUACAAAUUGAUGGUCUUGAUAUAACAUCAUUCAUGGACACAUGGGUAGACAAGCCGGGAUAUCCCCUUCUUACAGUUAAUGUCAACAUGAAUACUGGUCUUAUGACAUUGACUCAGGAACGUUUCUACAUAAAUGCAAACGCUCAACAGACAGAUGAGUUGUGGCCUAUACCUUUAACGUUUACAAGUGGAAAUAAUCCUGACUGGAACAACUUGACCGUAAGUCGCGUAAUGACAGGAAAAUCGAUCGAGAUUCAGAAAGAACCAGGCCAUGAAUGGGUUAUUUUCAAUGUCAAGCAGAAAGGGAUUUAUAGAGUGAAUUACGAUGUUCAUAACUGGGAAAUUAUUGCAAGUGCAUUGAAUAACGAUGUAAAUAAUAUUGACAAGAUGAAUCGAGCCCAGAUAGUAGAUGAUGUCUUUGCUCUUAUGCGUUCAGAAAAGAUAACAUUCAACCUCGGUUUUCAAGUACUUCAGUUCCUCAAGCAAGAUACCAGCUAUUAUUCGUGGUAUCCCGCCAUCUCCGGAUUGAACUGGAUCCGCAAUCGGUUUUUGCAUAUGCCACUCAAUUUAGCUGAGUUUGAUAACAUCCUCUAUGAUUAUUUGGAGGCUGUUAUCAAAGAGGUCGGCUAUGAUGUUGUUGAAAAUGAACCUUUAACUAGAACUUUGAACAGAUUGUUCUUACUUUCCUUCGCUUGUAACAUUGGCCAUGCCGGUUGCAUUGCCGAUGCUGAACAGAAAUUUAGAGCAUUGAUCGACAAUGAUACUCCUGUGAAUCCUAAUUUGAGACGACACGUUUUCUGUGUCGGUCUUCGCGAAGGAAAUUUUGAAGAUUGGACUUAUAUUUAUGAACGAAGGAAUACUUCAAACAAUCAAGCAGAUGAACUAGCUAUGCUCAGGGCUCUAGGGUGUUCUACAAAUGAAAAUGCAGUGCAAGAAUACUUAAGGAUGAUUACUACUGAUGAAGUCAAGGCUCAAGAUAGAUUGAACGCAAUUAUUUGGCUCCUUGCUGGUGAUCCUAAAAAUGCCGCGGCAUUUCUUAACUAUUUGAAGACCGCAGAUAAUGUGGAAAAAAUCCGAAAAGCUGUGGUUUUGCCCGCGUCAUUUAAUAGCGUUCUUUCAAGUUUGCCUGCGUAUCUGGAUACCGAUGGUUUGAAAGAGAUGGAGGAAUGGCUGACAACUAGCCAAGCAAUUGUACCCGAGUUCAAUGUUGGACUUAAUGCCAUAAGCAGCGCUAGAGUCAACCAACAGUGGGGUACAGACAAAGCAACCGACAUUUUGGAAGCAGUUAGAGGGGGCGCAUCGUUCUUAAUACCAACAAUUUCACUGCUGUUCUUCACAACGGUUGCUAUGAUUUUAAAAUAA